UGAGACAGGAGCAGGGAAAGGAGAGCAAGCAGGGAAAGAUAGAGCUCCUAGGGAAGGGAAAGGGGACAGAGAGGCAGCUGCUAGAGUUGUCAGAGAUGUCAACAGGAGGGACAUUGAAGGCUAUGACAUCACAGGAAAAGCACCUAUCAGCAGCAGGGAAACUUGCAUCCUGGUGUUUCUGCUGAAGAAGAUCCUGAGCUACCACCUUGCCUAGCCUGCCCAGGACCAUGGGCUGCAGGCUCCUCUGCUGUGUGGCCCUCUGUCUUCUAAGAGCAGGCUCCUUGGACACAGCUGUUUCCCAGGAUCCAAAAUAUCUUGUUACACAGGUGGGAAACAAAAAGUCACUAAACUGUAAACAGAAUCUGGGCCACAAUGCUAUGUACUGGUAUAAGCAAGACUCCAAGCAACUGCUGAAGCUCAUGUUUAUCUACUAUAACAAGGAACUCAAUCUCAAUGAAACAGUCCCAAGUCGCUUCUCACCAGAAGCUCCAGACAAAGCUCAUUUAAACCUUCAUGUCAAGUUCCCAGAACUAGAAGAUUCUGCCAUGUAUCUCUGUGCCAGCAGCCAAGACACAGCCUUGCAGAUUCACUGCCUUCCUGUACACAAACCUCCUGGCCAGCCAGGAAGCGGUGGUGGCCUUGUGUUCACUCAUGCCUGUGCCCCCAGCCCUUGGGACCAGAAUGAAUGUUCCAGCUAUGGCCCUGCCUUCCUGUUCACCAAAUGGAGAAAUUCUUCAUUAAUCAAUGCCAACACAGCCAAUCUCAAUAGAAACCAAGGUCUUGGUUGCAUGGUGACUAAGGUUGCAGUGGAGCCUAUUAAAUCAGUUGCUUUCUUCCUUGUCAAACUCCCCCGUCUGUGCCUGACAUAUGGGAUGUGGGCAGCCGAAGGUGAAAUCUCUGAAGGAAGUCAGAGAAUGUCUGUGCGAUCCUGCAAAUGGCAGUCCUCUAUCUCUGCUAGUCAAAAUCUUCGUCCUAUUAGUAAUCAGCCUUCUUAUCCUUUGACAGAAAGCACAGACAAGAGAACAUCGGUGAUCCCGGAUACAUGGCUGGGCUGA